CGCUAUGUGUGAAAGGGAAGGCGAAAGGUGUUCGGCUCCCAAUCCUCUUAGCAGCAUUAUGCUGAGCUUCGUUCAAACCCUGACAUGCGGUGCGCACUUGUAGCUCCCCAAAACCCGGAGUCAGCAUCUCUGCGUCCGUUACGCACAGCUGGAGGGACGGUCCGCAGCGGCGAGGGGCCGUGCAGCCGGCGCUACAGUCCUUCCACAGGUUGAAGCUGCCUGCUGUGAAACAUGCAACACACUCUGUGUCCCUGCCUGUGUCUCCUCCCUGUCAGCGGCGUCUUCUCGCCACAUAACGCAGCUGGAACUAUCAAGGAAAAGCAAUGCAUCUGACAUAACUUCCUGUUUGGAGUCAAGACCACGAGGGCAAUGAACGUGCACUCGCCUCCGAGGAGGAGACUCAAGCGCAGUCGCGUCCUCUUCUUCAUCUCGGGUGUGCUGCUGUGUUUCGUCUACACGCUGACUCUCAAGGCCAGGCUGACAGAGCCGCGAGCCUCCGCCCAGACGGAUGACGCUCUUGGAGCACAGGGGGGUGAUGGUGAUGUUGUGGAGGUCAACAUUCGGGAGGUGAUGGCAUCCAAUGAGACGGAGGAGGAGAGUGUCUCACCUGAGAGCACCAAACCUCCUCUGGUGAUAAUCGUCAACAGGACUGAUAUUGAACAGUGUAUUUAUGUCGAUCCUCAACCUCCCAAACCUCCUCCAACUCCACCGCCACCAACCACAUCAGCUACCCCUCGUCCUCCACCCCGGCCCCCUCACAGGCAGGGUGAUUACCCACAUGACAUCUUCUCAGUGGAGCAGCGGCGACAAGGCUGGGUGGUCUUGCACAUCAUAGGCAUGAUCUAUAUGUUUGUCGCCCUGGCCAUUGUCUGCGAUGAGUUCUUUGUUCCCGCGCUGGAGGUCAUCACCAACAAGCUGCAGAUUUCAGACGACGUUGCCGGGGCCACCUUCAUGGCGGCUGGAGGUUCUGCCCCUGAGCUCUUCACCUCGCUGAUCGGUGUCUUCAUCUCCCACAGCAACGUGGGCAUUGGCACCAUCGUGGGCUCGGCCGUCUUUAACAUCCUUUUUGUGAUCGGCAUGUGUGCCAUCUUCUCCCGGGAGAUGCUGCACCUGACCUGGUGGCCGCUCUUCAGAGACGUAACCUUCUACAUCCUGGACCUCAUCAUGCUCAUCAUCUUCUUCCUGGACAGCAUGAUCCUGUGGUGGGAGAGCGUGUGCCUGGUGCUGGGCUACAUCAGCUACGUGAGCUUUAUGAAGUUCAACAGUCAGAUUGAGCAGGCGGUCAAGACCCAGAUCAACAAGCACAUGAGUAUCGUCAAGGUGUGGACCGCAGAGGAGCCAGAGAAGGAAAGUGAAGCUCCCCCAGCACCUGCUCCUCCUGCUGCUGCUCCUCCUCCUGCUCCCUCUGCUGCUCCUACUCCUCCUCCUGCAGCACCAAAAGCUGAAGAUAAAUCCAAACAAGACGCUCAACAGACUCCGCGGAGCCCUCAACGCAACAAACUGCCAUCAGAGUCUCAAGAGGACAGAGCAAGACUCAGAGUGCGUCCCGUUCUGCAGCGAGGCGGCAGCUCGGCCUCCCUCCACAACACCUCCCUGAGGAGCACCAUCUUCCAGCUGAUGAUCCACACACUGGACCCUCUGGGAGAAGAGGUUGACCACAAGCCAACGGAGCCGCCCAGUGCAGUUGCUGCCGGUGCCCCAGGGGGAGCUGCAGCCGAGCCGUCCACCUCACAGCCUCAAAAGACAGAAGGGACAAGUGAGAAGACGGACCAACAGCCAGAGGAGACAAAGGCCGCAGCGGGGGGUUCAGAGGGCUCGGAGGGCAGCGAUGAGGAUGAUAGCGGCGGCGAAGAAAGCAGUGACUCCGGUGAGAGUGAUGGUGAUGAUGGGGAUGAUGAUGAAAACAAGGAGGAAGAGGAGGAGGAGGAAGAGAAUGAACCGUUGUCUUUAGAGUGGCCUGAAACCAGACGCAAGCAGGCCACCUACCUGUUCCUGCUGCCCAUCGUGUUCCCGCUGUGGCUGACGUUGCCAGAUGUCCGCAACCUGGCGUCCAGGCGGUAUUUUUCCAUCACGUUUAUAGGCUCCAUCCUGUGGAUCGGAGUUUUCUCCUACCUGAUGGUGUGGUGGGCUCAUCAGGUGGGUGAGACUGUGGGUAUCUCAGAGGAAAUCAUGGGCCUUACCAUCCUGGCGGCCGGGACAUCAAUCCCUGACCUGAUCACCAGUGUGAUUGUGGCCCGAAAAGGUCUGGGAGACAUGGCCGUGUCCAGCUCAGUGGGCAGUAACAUAUUUGACAUCACUGUAGGGCUGCCAGUCCCAUGGCUCAUAUACACUCUGCUACACAAGGGCGAUCCGGUAACCGUCAGCUCCAACGGCCUAUUCUGUGCCAUCGUGCUGCUCUUCCUCAUGCUCCUCUUCGUCAUCAUCUCCAUCGCCGCCUGUCGCUGGAAGAUGAGCCGAAUGUUGGGUCUCACCAUGUUCGUACUGUACUUUGUGUUCCUCGUGCUCAGCGUCAUGCUGGAGGAUCGCAUCCUCACCUGCCCCGUUUCAAUCUGAGCUGACGGGUCAAACAUCACCGCUGCACAUGACUCAGUACGUCCAGACAGCAUCGAUACUGUAUGUAGGAUGUGUUAGAUAGAAGAACCAAGCCUGGUGUCAAACGGCUGACUUGGCGCACAAUAGAAACAUUUAACGAGCAGUGAUGUUAAAGGAAAAGUCCACCCUCAACAUAGUGUUACAUUAUUAGUCUAUACACAUUCCAGCAGCUACUCUGUCAUAACUGUGUGCACAGUCACUCUAUUCAUUUUAUACUGCACCAUAUUUACCCUCCGCCAUUUUACUUAAAGGAGCUAUAUGUAAGAAAUCUAAAGUAAAUAGUCGUAAAAUCAUCCUAAUAUGUCACAGAGACUAAGGAAUAAUGUUCAUAUAACAUACUGAUCUCACCGACAACAAUAGUACAACCAGAAUAUUUGCAUCUAAAAAAUUUUUUUGCAGUCUGCAAAUCCUGUUUAUGUUUUGAACUUGUGUUUUGGCCUGUUGCGCCACCCACCGCCGUCUACCAGUCACGCAGU